GGUGCGCAGGGGGGAUCUGCUGCUUCUUUUGGGGUCCUGAGAAUUUUUAGGGAUGUCGGGGAACUUGUAGGGAGUUACAUAAGUUGUAAGUGUGUCGGAGAACUUGUGGGGGGUGUCGCAGGUAAUUUAGGGGGGCAGCGAAAAUUGUGGGGGUGUCAUGGGAUAAUGUCGUGUAUCAGAUAACUUCUAGGGGUGUCGGAGAACAUGUAGGGAAAUAUAAUGCGGGUGUCAGAGAAGUUAUAAAGGGGGGUGAAGUAAAUCAUAAGUCGCAAUCAAACCUGUAGAGGUGUCAGAGAAGUUAAAGGGGUGUCGGUGAUAAUAUAGGGGUGUCGGCGAUAAUAUAGGGGUGUCGGCGAUAAUAUAGGGGUGUCGGAUAAAUGAUGUGGGGUGACAGCGGAGUUGUAGAGGUGUCUGAGAAGUUAAAAGGGGUGUCGGUGAUAUUAUAGGGGUGUCCGAAAAAGUUGAAAGGGGUGAUUGAUUAUUUGUAGGGGUGCAAGGGAAGUUAUAGGGGUGCCAUAGGAAUGAUUUGGGGGUGCCUGGUGAUUUGAAAAGUAGUAAAGGUGUCAGAAAAGUUGUAGGGGUGCCAUAGAAUUUAAAAGGGGUGUCAGAGAAAUAUUGGGGUAGUUAGGGGAAUUUAUAUUGGGGGUCAGAGAUAAUAAUAGGGGGUUAAAAAGUUUUAGGGGUGUCAGAGUAUUUUUUUGGGGUCCAGAGACUUUUUUAGACUAGUUAGGUGGUAAGUGAAUAGGGUUUCUGUCUAGUGUCCAGAGCAGAAAGGGGUGACCUGGGGGCAGAACGGGGUUCACAGGAGGGGGAGCCAGGGGUCUCUGAAGCAAUCAACCAGUGAAGACCCUGGAAGAGUCGGGAGAGCCUAUUUUUUUUAUUUUUUUUAAGGGGUCCAUAGGGAGAAAGGAUAUUUAAAGGGGAAUUUUAGAGAUGAGAUGAGUUUAAGUUUGGAAAUAUAAGGGUCUUAAUAUAUAAGUCUUGGAGUGGGGGGAAGGGGUUUCUGGAAGUGGACAUAGACUGGAGUGAGAAGUCUCUAGUAGGAGGACAGUAUCUGUAUACUGAAGGGUCUCUAUUUUGAGGGGUCUCCUCAAACAACAUUUUUAAUUAUAGGCAGUUAUUUAGGAAGUGUAGGAGGGGGAGGCCAGGAGAAUUAACACAAAAGGAGCUCCUUGGGGGCAGAUUACCGAAGUGAAGGAGGGGCUAAAACUGAGACAGCCCUAGAAGAGCUUCUUCUGGAUGAAACUCCCCUGGGGUGUUGUGCUUGGUGGAGCACCUUCUAUCAUCUUCGGCACUAUGGGGUCCUUAGGGGCCCCCUUCCCGUUCUUCCUGCUGUUGCUACCCGUCUGCACUUCUCCGCACCCUGCUGCCCGCACUCAUAACUCUGUUGAUGAAUGUGCGCUGGGAUUGGAUGACUGCCACAUCGACGCCAUAUGCCAAGACACACCCACUUCAUAUAAGUGUAUAUGCAAAACUGGAUAUAAAGGGGACGGCAAAGCCUGUGAAGACAUUGAUGAAUGUGAUAACGAGUACAAUGGCGACUGCGUCCACGAAUGCACCAACAUCCCCGGGAACUACCGAUGUACGUGCUACGACGGCUUCCAGCUGGCCAACGACGGCCACAACUGCCGCGAUGUGAACGAGUGCCUGUCGAACAAUGGGGGGUGUCAGCAGACGUGUGUGAACUCCUUGGGAAGCUACGAAUGUCGCUGUAAAGACGGCUUCUUCCUCAGCGACAACCAGCACACGUGUAUUCAUCGCACGGAAGAAGGCCAGAGCUGUAUGAACCGGGAACAUGGCUGCGCCCACAUCUGCCGGGAAACGCCAAGAGGAGGAGUAGCGUGUGAAUGCCGCCCGGGAUUCGAACUCGCCAAGAAUCAGCGAGAUUGUAUUUUGACGUGUAUCCAUGGAAACGGAGGAUGCCAACACGUGUGUAAUGACACGGAUUCCGGGCCCAUCUGCAGCUGUCACCCCAAAUACACGCUGCUGGCGGAAGGGAAGUCCUGUGCUGAGAAAGAGGAGUUGGACAUCAAUUCCACGUCGGUGGCCGAGAUGGACAAGCGAGUGAAGCGCAGACUAGUGAUGGAGACGUGCGCUGUGAAUAACGGAGGGUGUGAUCGCACGUGCCGGGACACAUCGACUGGCGUUCGCUGCAGCUGCCCCGUGGGAUUCACGUUGCAGUUCGAUGGCAAGACCUGUAAAGACGUGGAUGAAUGCCAGAGCAACAAUGGCGGAUGCGACCACUUCUGCCGCAAUACCGUGGGGAGCUUUGACUGCAGCUGCAGAGCCGGGUACAAGUUACUGACUGACGAGAAGUCCUGCCAAGAUGUUGAUGAGUGUUCCUUCGAGCGGACGUGUGACCACACCUGCAUCAAUUACCCAGGGUCCUUUGCCUGCAUUUGUGACAAAGGUUACACCCUCUACGGAUUGACGCAUUGCGGUGACAUCAACGAAUGCAGCAUCAACAAUGGCGGCUGCGAGCAUACCUGCGUCAACACGGUGGGCGAUUAUUACUGCCAGUGCCCCCCGCGCUACAAGUUACACUGGAAUCGCAAGGACUGCGUUGAGGUGGAGGGUCUCAUCCUGGACUCAGCUCCCCCCAGAGCUCUUCUACAGUGUGUGAAGAAUGGUGGCAGUGAGAGAUGUUUUAUCAACUGCCCAUCCCUUGUCUACUCCAUUCCCGGGAUGCAGGAAUCCUACACCGUCUCCUGCGGGAAAUCCCGACACCCCAAAGCCAACGAGACCUUCAGUGGAGAUGUUACAACCGUCCAGACGAGUGUCACGUUUAAGCUGAAUGAUGGCGCCUGCAGAAUGAAGCGGACCGACGCGUUCCAGGGACUCGCCCAGAACAAGGUGACAGAAAAACAAAAUCUUGUCUACGACAGAUUCGACUUCGUAAACAUAACGUGCCGGCGGAGGGCCAGCGGACGCAAGACAGCUGCUAAGGAGACGGUUAUCACGGCGCAGUUUGAGCUGGAGGCCAAUCAGAAGGAGGUGACAGAGUCGUGCAGUUUUAGCUGCGUAAGGAGGAAAGCGGAAAAAAGGCUGCGAAAGACGAUCAGGACGCUGAGAAAAGCGAUCGGCAAGGACCACUUUCAUGUUCGGUUGUCUGGGAAGGACUUUGAGGUCACCAGAAAGAUCCCCAGGAUGCCGGAGCUCCCGGAGAUGUGCGGAAGUGGUCAGGUGCGGGUGGACAAUAGAUGCGUUAGCUGCCACACGGGCACCUACUAUGACGGACAGAAGGACCAAUGCGUUUUAUGCCCCAACGGAACCUAUCAGACCGAAGAAGGGCAGAUCGUGUGUGAGAUCUGCCCGGCUCCCGAGAACAGAGACAGUCCGAAACACGUGGGGGCCCGGGAUCUCUCCGAGUGCGGAGGUCUGUGUCCUCCCGGUGAAUUCUCGGUGGACGGGUUUCGCCCGUGUGAUCCGUGCCCCCCGGGGACCUUCCAGCCGGAAGCGGGGAGGACGUCUUGCCUUUCCUGUGGUGGGGGACUGCCCACCAGGCACAGCGGAGCCUCAACCUUCCACGAUUGCGAGACUAAAGUUCAGUGCUCGCCCGGACACUCCUACAACACCACGACGCACAGAUGCCUCCGGUGUCCCGUGGGGAUGUACCAGCCAGAGUUUGGUCAGAAUUUCUGCAUCUCCUGCCCGGGGAAUACCAGCACAGACUUUGACGGAUCCACCAACAUAACCCAGUGCAAAA